UCUCUUGCCUAGGCCACCUGCGCGUAGUCAUGGCUAGUAAAACCAGUUCAAGCACCAUGAUUGCCUCUCCUGUUCCUACUAACGCUACAGGAACCACUACUGCUCAGCCCAGUUUCAUUGAAGGCAUUAUUAAUGAAAUACCACUACCCAAAUGGGCUCUUAUUGCCAUUGUGGUCGCAGCGGGCCUUGUUUUCAUCCUCAUUCUCAUCUGCAUCAUCAAAUGCUGCUGCUGCAAAAAGAAACGCAAGAAGAAGGAGAAGCUCAACUUGGUUAACUUCAAUGGCUCCACCACGGCCAGCUUGGUACAGCCAGAUAUGGAUGAUCUGGAGAGUGGUCUGGAGGAUGAGAAGCGAGGAAGGCUGCAGUAUUCCUUGGAGUAUAACUUCCGCAGCCAGGAGAUAAAGGUUGGAGUGAAGCAAGCAGCUGAUUUAAAGGCUAUGGACAGUGGGGGGACCUCUGACCCAUAUGUAAUUGUCUACCUAACAACUGAUAUCAAGAAGAAGUAUGAAACCAAAGUUUACCGCAAGACGUUAAAUCCUGUCUUCAAUGAAAGCUUCACCUUCCAGAUUCCUCAGGCUGAAAUGUCUGAGUCCACCCUGGUGAUGCAGGUGUAUGACUUCAACCGCUUUGCCAGACAUGACAUCAUUGGCGAGGUCCGGUUGCCUCUCAGCAAUGUUGACCUGCAGCACGUCAUGGAGCAGUGGAAUGAACUCGUCGCUGCCAGUAAGACUGAGCAAGAGCACCUAGGUGAGAUCUGUUUCUCGCUUCGAUACGUCCCCACCACCAGCAAGUUAACUGUAGUGAUCCUUGAGGCCAAGAAGCUAAAGAAGAUGGACUCACAUGGAUUGACAGACCCCUAUGUCAAAGUGCAGCUGAUCCUGAACAAGAGGAAAUGGAAGAAGAAGAAGACAAGUGUGAAGAAGAGCACUUUAAGCCCCUAUUUCAACGAGGCAUUUGUUUUUGAUGUGCCUUUCAAUCAGAUCCAGAACGUAGACUUGGUGAUCGCAGUGUGGGAUUAUGACAAGGUGACCAAGAAUGAACAGAUUGGUAAGGUGUUCCUGGGCUGCAGAGCCACAGGCAAUCAUCUGCGCCACUGGUCAGACAUGCUGGCUAAUCCCCGCCGGCCCAUCGCUCAGUGGCACAGCCUGCAGUCGGCAGAAGAAGUUGACAAUGCCUUGGGGCUGAAAACCCACUUUAAGCUGCCUCUGCCCAGCCGAUAAAAGGACCUCCUAUCUUUCUCUCCACUUACUGUUCUGAAGGAACCUGGAACCAUAGACAUAC